AUGAGCCUCAUCCAGCUAAACUCCAUGGACAUCAUGUCCGCUGAUCCUUUCAGCCAUGCUGAAGUUCUGUACGACCAGCACUUGGGUGACCUUGAGAGCCUGCUCCAGGGUAGUGACCUGGAGGUAGAAUGGUCGGCGACUCCGGCACAAUGCCAAAUCCUUGAAUCGGACGAGAUGCCCUGGUGCAAGAUCAGCCUGAUCUUGCCUCGCCAGUCCGCGCCCGAUGUGAAUCGAAUCCAGGCCAGCUGGACACAGCUCUGCUCCCAUCACUGUGGCCUCCGUACGGUCUUCCGUUCAGAUCCCCGAUCGGGCCAGACGUAUCAGCGGGUUGUAUAUCGCACCCCAGAAAUUCAGUGGGACACUAAGCCUAUGGGAAGCAAUGUCUCUUCAUCCAAUUCGUCGCUGGCGGACGUCCCAGCGGAAGAUGAUCUGGCACAGUUAGUCGUCUGCCGUGACCCAAACAGCGGCAGCUAUCGAUUGACACUCCGUGCCCGGCGGGCAGCUGUCGACGGUACCUCGCUUGAGAUUAUCAAGCGCAACUUUGUCCUGCUCUAUUGCGGUCUACCCCUGCCGGAGCAUACACCGCUGGCGGCGUACCAGCGUUUCCUUAAGGAAACAAAGGACACGGCCAGCAGCAUUGCCUUUUGGAAGGCUCAGCUUAGUGGCGCCGUGCCACCCGUUGCUCUUCCAUGGGAGACUGGGCUCUCGGACGUGAGCCAGGCUCAUGACCGCCAAGCCCUUCGCCUUCAUCUCGAUGACAAUUCCCACCCGGGGCUAUCUCAGAUUGAGCAUGCUUCGGGGCUGCCCCGCAAACUCGUCUUUGAAACCCUCUGGGCCUAUGUCCUGCACUGCCACUCCGGUGCCAGUGAUGUUCUCUUCGCGGCCGUGGAGCGGGAUGCGAGCUUCCCAGAUGCCGCAUCCUGUGUGGGAUACCUCGACCACACCUAUCCUGUCCGAUUGUCGGUGUCCAGCGAGGAGACUUUUGUUGGCCUGUCCAACCGCCUCACCACCUUCCAUCAGACGGCAUCCCCGCAUGCCUACCUGGGAUACAACGCUUUAUCCCAAGAACUCGCGAAGCCCCUCGAGUCUGUUCUAAGAUACUCCCCUGAUCCAAAUGGACCGACCCUGGCUGGUCAAUUGGCGCCGUUCCCUCUGGCAAUGUUUAUCAAUGGCACCGGUGUUAUCACUUUGACACUAUGCCAUUCACCCCUCACCGCGACUGCAGAUGCUCAGCUGCUUCUGGAACAUUUCUCCCAUGCCCUGUACAGUGCACUCAACAAGUUUUACCUUCCUCAUGCUCGCUUGGAGGAUAUCGAACUUGGCUCGCGGGAAGAAAAGCUGGCUCAGGUGCACACGGCCAAGGUGUUGGCUCGCCAGCACCAAAUUUCCACCAUCACCCGUCUGUUUGAGGAACAGGUCAUGCAGACCCCUGGUGCCGCGGCCGUGCAGUUUGAGAAUGACGCCCCACUUAGCUAUGCGGAGCUCAACGCUCGCGCGAAUAGGCUGGCGCACGCGCUGCCUUCACUGACGGGCAAGGUUGUCCCGGUCUGUUUCGACCGCUCUCCCGACCUCAUCAUCACUUUACUGGCAAUUCUGAAGUCUGGCGGAGCAUACACGGUGCUUGAUCCAGAGGGACCCAUUGAAAGGAACACUCGAAUUAUCGAAACUUGCUCCGCGACCAUGGUCCUGACGAGCCGUCGCCACAUAUCGCCGUAUCCCAACGCUCUCGCUAUCGAGGACUACAUGCUCACCACAGACAUGGAAGAAACGUCUGCAAACCUGGAUACCAUGAUCGGCAGUAAAGACCCAUGCUACGUGGUGUUCACUUCCGGUUCGACUGGCACGCCAAAGGGUGCAGUUGUCACUCAUGGAGCUGCUGCGAAUGGAAUGGCAUAUCAUACCUUGAAUGGCAAACAGCGCUGGUUGCUUUUCUACAACCCCACCUUCUCCGCCGCACAGCGGACAAUGCUCUCGACUUUGACACAUGGAGGCACUCUCCUCUUAGCUGGCAAGCAAAGGCUGACGACGCAGCUGGCUGAAACCAUUCGAACCAUGGAGGUAGAUGCUCUGGGGAUCACGCCGUCCGCACUAUCUCUCAUGGAGCCCACUGAUGUACCCGACUUAAAACAGGUCACCCUGGUAGGCGAGAGUAUUUCCCGCGAGCUCGUCACCGCAUGGGCAGAUCACGUCGAUCUGCGGAACACCUUCGGUCUGAGUGAAUGUGCCCAACUCAACUUUGGAAAGCGCCUCUCGCGCAGCAGCAAUCCCGGCAUCGUCGGACGCCCCACCGACACCACCCAGGCGUAUGUCCUGAAACCCGGCACUACUGAGCUGACACCUAUGGGCGUCGCCGGUGAGCUGUGUCUGGCAGGACCGCAGUUAGCCCUCGGCUACUUGACCUCGAGCACCGGUUCUAAGAAGGCUACCGCGGCGGUGUUCACAGAAAACCCCUUCGGCAUGGGCCGGAUGUACCGGACCGGUGAUGUCGCUAGGAUCCAUGCCGAUACCUCUAUUGAGAUCCUGGGCCGGAUGGACUUUCAAGUCAAGCUCAACGGACAAAAAACCAAUCCGGCGGAGGUGAAUCGGGUUUUAUCCCAACACGAAGCUGUCCAAAGCUGUGCGACCGUUGCCAUUGAGAUGCGAGAGCGACUUGUAUUGGUGGCAGCUAUCGUCCCAGCUUCGGGAACCCAGUGGAGCGAAAUGGUUUCCUCGAUGCGAGCCCACAGCAAGCAGAAGCUGCCGGCUUACAUGGUGCCUUCCCUGUGGAUGCAGAUGCCCAAGCUUCCGGCCAAUGGAAAUGGAAAAGUAGAUGUUCGCGCCAUUGAGCGCGAAGCACUUGCCAAAGGAUGGGAAGGGCUGGUUGAAGCGGCAACUUCAGAUGCUGCUUUCGAGGCUAUUACCGAGCCAACCGAACAAUUGAUCGCUAGUGUUUGGGCAGAUGUGCUUGGUCUUCCCCAGCAGUCUAUCAACCGUGACACCGCUUUCCUCUCGCUGGGAGGAACUUCUAUUGAAGGCAUCAAGGUCACUUCCGAGUUGCGGAAACGCGGCAUUGCUAUUGACCUUGGGGAUAUACUCGGGAAUGCCACCUUAAAGGAGACAGUAUCUUUCGUGACAGUUGUGGAAGAUGGCAGCGAUGACCUGCGGCCAUUUGCCCUCGUUCGCGACUCAGAAGCGCAACAGGAACUCCAUGCUGAUCCUAACAUCAGUGAUGCCUAUCCAGCCACCCCUCUGCAGGAGAGCCUGCUCGCAAGUCUGGGCGAGGACCAAGGAAUGUAUUCCUAUCAGAGAACCUGGGAUGUUGGUCGUCUAAAUAUCAGCAAGCUGCGAGAGAGCUUCAACACCGUUCUUGAAUCCAGCGACAUUCUCCGCACUUCGUUUAAGGCACAAGGCCGCAGCCUGCUUCAGGUUGUCCGAAAAGACAUCACCCUACCUUGGGUGGAGUCUACGGCAGAUCUUAGUGAAUAUCUUGCGCAAGACAAGCAAGACCCAUUCUCCCUUUCUGGUCCCUUAUUCCGAGUGGCUCUCGUCUCUGGACAUGUUCUUGUUGUCACUAUGCACCACUCCCUGUUUGAUUACUGGUCGCACCGCUUUGUGUACCAGGAUGUCGCAGAUGUCUACCUAGGUCUUCAACUCCGCCCACGACCGCAGUUCAAACACUUCGUGAAGCAUAAUGUCUCUACAUCCGCAGUCGAGCAUAAUCGCUUCUGGAGGACGUAUCUCACCAACACGGAGCCGAGCGUUAUCAACACUGUACCCGUGGACCAGACGACCGUUGCCCAGCGCAAGCUUCCCGAGGGUCCUCUUCGCCGGACGCUUCAACUUCAUGGGCUCUCACUAGGUGCUGUCCUGUAUGGAGCAUGGGCCAUCGUUCUCUCAAAACACACUCGUCAUGCUGAUGUGAUAUUUGCGACCACUCUCUCCGGUCGCGACGUUCCCGUGCUUGAUGUUGAUCGUCUUGACGGCCCUACCCUUACCACUGUGCCCCAAAAGGUGAAUGUGGCACCCGAGUCAACGGUCAUUCAGCUAGCCCAAAUUGUACAGGCCAAUCUGUUCAAAAUUUUGAAGCACUCCCAGCAUGGAAUGCGCAAUGCCCUUGCUGCCGGAAACCUGGGAGCGAGUGGUUUUGAUUCAAUGGUGAACAUUCUGGUGAAGGACAAUGACGGGGAUCAAGUCAACCAAAUCUUCAAGCGAUAUGGGGAUCGCUCCACCUGGGAUUCUGAAUUUACCAAUUUAGAUGUUGAAAAUGACGGAGAGGCACUUGUUAUGAAGCUUUCAUCAAAGAUGGAGCCUCGCCGUGUCGACUUCCUCCUUGAGUCAUACGAAAAGGUGCUUCGGGUAUUCAUGCAUAGCCCAACGCAACUUAUCUCAACUCUGGAUAUCAUCGGGGAGGCAGAGACUGAAUAUCUGUACAAUGAAAUCUCAAACAGGAAGACUCUCCAUGUGCCCCGUCCUUCGCUUCUACAUGCGAGCUUUGAGGAUCACGUCCGAGAUUUCCCCGACACCCACGCCAUCGACUGGGAUGGAACUACCCAGUUAUCAUAUGCAGAAUUGAACGCCCGUGCCAAUCGUGUUGCUCAUUACUUGAUCAAAAAGGGAGUGCGGGAAGGAGAGUCUAUCCCUCUGAUGCUGGAGAAGUCAAUCGAUACCAUUGUCGCGAUCCUGGGUGUCAUGAAAGCUGGCGCCGCAUAUGUACCUCUGAGUCCAGACAAUCCGGUGGACCGCAACUCAUUCAUCAUUGACGAUGUGAAGGCACGAACAAUCCUGACCGAAGCCGAGUUCGCCGAUGUAUUCUCGGUGAUCCCAAGUCUGAACAUCGCUCGGAUCGAUGCGCCAGAGAUCGAUCAAUUCCCUGCCUCCUCUCCUGCUGUUCGCACCGUUCCGGACAACACCGCCUAUAUCAUCUACACCUCCGGCAGCACAGGCAUGCCAAAGGGUGUACAGGUGCCUCAUCGUGCUGCAGCGGCGGCCGUCGUCAGCAUGGCAGUUGCUGAAAGCAGACAUUCUGGCGAGUGGAGAACGGUCCAAUUUGCCAACUAUGUUUUCGAUGCCUCCGUGCAGGAUAUUUUCAACACGCUCAGCACCGGUGGAACUCUGUGCAUGGCGCCCCCCGAUAAGAUGCAGUCGGACCUGCCAGGAGUCAUCAACACAAUGUCAGCCAAACAGGCCAUCCUGACUCCCACCGUCGCAAAGCUGCUUGAUCCCAGCGAGGUUCCAUCUUUCGAAACAUUGAUAGUUGGCGGAGAGCCGCUUACAUCGGAUGUCAUCGCCCGCUGGAGUCCGGGCCAUCGCAUACUCAACGUCUACGGCCCUACGGAGACUUCCAUGGUGAUCACAACCAAAGAAGCUGACCCUAACGGCCGUCCUAGCAACAUCGGUGCGCCAUUCCCAACAGUCAUGGCAUUCAUCCUGCACCCAGAUGGUACUACCAUGGUUCCUUAUGGCUCGGUUGGUGAGCUUUGUGUGGCUGGGCCCCAGGUUACCGACGGGUAUGUCAACCGCGAGGACCUUACCAAGGCUGUGUUUUUGGAGAACACGUUAGGCACCGACCGCAUGUACCGAACCGGUGACCUGGCAAGAUGGCUCCCUGGUCGCGAGCUGGAGUGCUUGGGCAGAAAGGACAACCAAGUCAAGAUCCACGGCCAUCGCAUCGAGUUGACGGAAAUCGAACAAGCGAUUCUGAAGACCGGACUGGUUCAAGGAGCAGCCGUCCUGGCAGUCAACCACAACGGCAAGAAGCAACUCGUUGCCUUCUGCAUCUUUGCCGCUGGUUCCUGUGAAAUCCAAGAUGCUGAUGACCAUCAGGCUGAUGCUAAGGACCUGCGAGCGGGUCUCAACACCCUGGCUCACUACAUGAUUCCCAAAUAUAUUUUCCCGGUCGGGGACUUCCCCAAAAUGCCCUCUCGCAAGACCGAUCGGAAGCUUCUCACCAAGUGGGUUGAGCAGUUGGACACACUCACCAUCAGCCAGUACUCCUUCGAGGGUGACGGAUCUCAGCAUGAGGUUGUUCCCGUGGAGACUGAGGAAGAGUCCAAGCUACAAGACAUGUGGUCUAAGAUUCUUGGUAUCCCAUCCGCUGGCAUUGGAAAGAAGGCCGACUUCCUAUCCCUGGGUGGUGACUCCAUUGCAGCUAUUAGCCUUGCUAGUGUUGCUCGCAGUGCUGGAUAUGUCCUGAGUGUCAAGGAUAUCCUGAAGAACCCGGUCCUGGAAAAUCUGACCCCAAUGAUGCGUCUUGACACAAGAGGUGCUCAAGUAUUGAAACCGAGCUUCAAAGCCCCAGCCAGUGUGCUUGAUGCCAUUUGUGAGCAUGGAAUGUCGAUCGGUGAUAAUGUUGAAUAUGUGUAUCCAUCUCCUCCGGGCCAAGCCCAGUUCCUUGAGGAAGGUAACCGCUCCGACCAGAUGUGGGUGCUCAUGGCCGUUCGAAAAAUGCCCGAGGUCGCCAAUUAUCAAGACUGGAUCCACAACACCAGUCGUCUGACGGAAGUCAACGACAUUCUGCGCACCACCUGGCUUCGCACCUCAGAGGCCGAGUGGGUGGGUGUUGUCAUGAAGCACGCGGAUUUGGAGGUGCCCAUCAUCCACUGCGACAGCGAGGAGCAGCAGUCGGAGAUCAUCGAGAACUUCUGGAAUGAGCGCUUCCAAUUCGGAAAGCCAUUUGUCAAAUAUGCCAUUCUUUUGCACUCUGACAACACCUGGGAUGUGGCUAUCAAGAUGAACCAUGCUGCCUACGAUGGGACCUUACUUCGCACAUUUGAUGAUCACUUUGCCGCUAUUCGUCGCGGCAAGCCAAUCCCCAACCACGGCGAGUUCAAGGACUUUGCCAGUUUCAUCUUCCAGUCGGAUAAGGAGGAAUCGCUGCGCUUCUGGGCCGAGACAAUGAAAGACAAGCAUUACACCUGGCCCCAGGCACAGAGCCCCAAAAUCACCGCUGCCAUUCGGGAGAUCAUCCCCCGAAACUUCGAAUCUGUGGCUCGCGCACAGGGAGUCACCGUCCCAAUUCUCUUUCAGGCCGCCUACCAGCUCUGGCUUUGCCGCGCAAGUGGCCAGAACGAUAUCAGCUUUGAUUAUCUUCUCAGUGGUCGCAACGUGGACAUGGUCGAUGUCGACCCCCAGACCAUCAAUGGCACCCUGGCCAACUUCCUCCCAGUCCGUGCACAGAUUGAUCCUCAGAGCGCCCUCAGUGAUUACUUGGAGAGCGUCCAGGAUAUCUUCUGGGGAAUUACCGAGCAUGGUGAUGUUGGCCUGCAUGAAAUCUUCAACGCUGCUGGGCUGUCGCGGACCACCGCAAGCAAUCGUUGCCUUUUUCUCUACCAGCCAUUUGAACCUGCUGCAAACGAGGAAUCCGAAGCCGAUCGGUGGCUGGUCAUGGCCAAGUCAAAGGUUCGCAUGUACCAGCCGUACGCCCUGGUUGUGGAGGUCGCCAAAGCACUCAACAACCGAAACAAGCUCACUGUCAUGUAUGACACGGAUGUCUUCAACGAGCAAGAUGCACACAAAAUUGCCUCGGGAAUUUCAGCCCUGGUUGACCAAAUUGCGGAUCUUUGUGGGCAAAAUGUAUCCCUGCAACAGUUGUUUUAG